AUGGCCACAGCCACAGCCAGUCCAUGGGGCGACGAGUCUGCAGCCUCGCACUUCAGCAAGUUCGCUCUGCGCACCGAGAACACCGAGGAGUGGUGCAAGCAGCCGCCCGCGCUUGUAAAUGCCGCCGAUCCGCGCUUCCCCGAUAGCGCUGUUGAUCUCUCCGAGAUCUGCGGCGACUCCGACUCCAACAGCGUCGCGAACCUUUCCGACAUCUGCGGCUUUAACGACCUCAACUCGCCGCGCUCCGCCGUCUCUUCCCCCAGAAGCGGCCUCGGCAGCCCGGCGACCUCCCAGCCCAACUCCGCGAACAACUCGGGGGCGCUGUCGAUAAUCUCCGAUACCCCCUCGAACACGUCGUCGGGUAACAGUCGCCCGUCCACCGGCCGCGUGUCGCUCGCGCAGCAGCUUCUGCAGCAGCAGAUGGGCGGCAACGCGCGAUUCACGUCGAUUAAUUCGGGAAGCAAGGGCACCAACGUGGCGUCUCUAGCGGGAAUCAGCGACUACGGCAGCUACACCGGAUCGCCUGUGACGCCGCUCAUGCCGAGCUUCAGCUGCGCGUCGUCUGAGGCGUCGGGCCAAUCGCCGGCGAAUCGCGCGUGGCGACAAUCGAGCGACCCUCGCGCGGUAUCGCAGCAGACGGCGACGAUGAGGGAAUCGUCACUUCGCGAGAAACUUCUGCGAGCGAGCAGCGCGGCAGCCUCCGAAACCUCCUCGCAGAGCUCAUGGCACGAGCAGCAAUCGCAAGCCGCGUCUGCCUACUCCGCCCGCGAGUCCGCUUCGGCGGCCGACGACUACUAUUGUGAGCCGGAGGAGAACGAGCAGGGCGAGCUCGACUUCUCGGACAUUAAAUCCGUCUGCCUUAACUUCGACGAGGCGCAGCAGCAAUCCGAGGAAAUGGAGUUUCAGCGCGCGCGCCUCGAGAUCGUCGACAUCGUUCCCCUCGCGUCGGGGCUGAUCGACCUUUCGGCGGGGCUCGCCGCAACAAAGACGGAUCGGCUCAGAUUGUGGGCCUUUCUCAACCACCUCACCCGCACUGUUGGAUCUCCCGUCGCGUGGAAUUGUUGGUUGCUCGCGAUGCUAGGGAAGCCUGGGGGAUGUGAGCAUGUAGAAUCUGUCGCGAGUGCGCAGUCAGCGCUUGGCGGUCGGUUUCCGCGCGCUGCCCUGCACGUGCGGCGCUCGUCCGCGACAAGCGGCGGACGAAGCGCCGCGACCGCCGCGACCGCCGCGUCUCGCGAGUUCCGCAGACGAGCGAAUGUAGCUCCCCGCGCGGUUCCCCCGGAGCGCGCCAGUCCGCUGGAUUCAUCCGCUUUUUCCUCCACUUGGGGGGAAUCUCGAGGGCAAGCGGAAGAUCCGCGGAGAGUGACGUCAGCAGCACGCGAAGCGGAAGGACGGAGGGGGAGCGGUAGUGCGGAAGACGACGGGGGAGGCGGGUGGUUUGAGUGGGGGAUGGCGGAAGGCCAAGGGGCAGGGCAGGGGGAAGGGCAGGGGGAAGGGCAGGGGGAAGGGCAGGGGGAAGCACGGGCAGGGGAAGAGGCGGAGGGGGAAGGGUGGGAUGCUACGUUUGCCACGUGGCAGUCAAAGGAGGGGGAGGGCGGGAAGGAUCUGAGAGGCGGGUGGUCGUCAGAUGAAGAGAUGACUAAACGGUUCAGACUGAGAAACGGGCGCGAGGUGAGGGGAAGUGGGGGGGGAUUCAUGGAGGGGGGGAGAGGUGAGAUUCUCGAGGAGAGAGCUUUCCUAGUGGGCGUGGAGAUUCUCGAGGAGAGAGCCUUCCUGGUGGGCGUGGAGGUCCGGCCCUCUGCACCCGCCUCCCGCUCCCCCUCCUCCACCUCCGCCUCCCGCUCCCCCUCCUCCACCUCCUCCACCUCCUCCACCUCCUCCACCUCCGCUUCCCGCUCCCCCUCCCCCUCCUCCACCUCCGCCUCCCUCUCCGCGCCCACGCUGUUCCCCAUAGAGGAGUCGCUGGCGGAGCUGUCUCAGCUGGUGGAGACGGCCGGGCUCAGGGUUGUAGGCAGCACGCACCAGAGGGUAGCGUCCCCCAACCCACGAACAUACAUCGGAGCAGGCAAGGUGGAGGAGGUGCGAGCAGCGGUGGUGGGCAUGGGUGUGGAGACGGUGGUGUUUGACGAUGAGCUGAGCGCGGGGUGA